AAAUAAUUUUUUAUUGCUAAAUUUGUUCGUUAAACAUCAAUGAAAAUGAACAUCUAAUAACUUUGAUUUUAUUUAUUAGUUUCUAUUUAUGACAAGCGCUAACAAAUGUAUUUAUGCAUUUAGAUGAGUAAUCCCACUGUGGAACAAGUGCAUACACUCCUAACAUUCCUAGCAGAGCACCAGGAGUUAGCUCGUGGCCACUGUAGAAAUGCAGAAGGGCGAACAAGAUCCACCCAAUUAUGGGUUCGUCUUACAGACGAACUCGAUGCAUUGGGUGGAUGCACUAAAACUGUAAAGCAGUGGCAGAAGGUAUGGGCUGACAAAAAAUAUCUAACUAAAAAAGCUGCUACUGCUGCUCGAAGGUCUGCCACAGCCACUGGGGUAGGGCCAUCAUCUGCUGAGCCUUUAAACCCAAUACAGUGCAGAAUAUUGGGUAUUAUGGGAGAGGGCUACCGACAACGUCGACAAUGGUUCCCGUAA